AUGAGCAACACUAUCCGAGUCCUUUAUGACCAAGAUGGGGUUAAAUUGGAUUCUUUCGAUCUCAUGUCGAAUGAGGUCAUUCGUUUCUUUAAGAAGCAGCUCGGGAUGGUUGACCCGAAUGUCAAGUGUUGUAAUGCUAAUGUUAUCAAUGACCUUCUUGAUUUCUCCCUGCCAAGAGGUGCUGCGGAUGCUUUAAUCAAAGACGUUUCUGAUGUGGAGAUUAAAGAUGCUAUUUGGGGGCAAGAUAAUAACAAGUCCCCUGGGCCGAAUGGCUUUAAUGCUUACUUCUUCAAGUGUGCUUGGCCUAUUGUUGGGAGUGAUUUCGUGGCAGCUAUUAGGUAUUGUUUCGAAAAUUCUUUUAUGUUACCGUCUUUCAACGCUACUGCUGUAGUCUUGGUCCCUAAACCUCCAACUGAAACAUGCAUGAUCUCUAUGAAUCAAUCCGCUUUUGUGAAGGGGAGAAGCAUUGUAGAUAACACGCUUCUUGCUCAGGAACUUGUUAGAGGCUAUUCUAGGAAGAAUAUUUCGCCUAGAUGUGCUCUUAAAAUAGAUUUGCAAAAGGCUUUCGAUUCUUUAGAUUUUGAAUUUGUGAGAAUCAUAUUGCAUGCUUUGGGUUUACCUGAAAAAUUUGUUGGCUGGAUAUGGACAUUUAUUACAGGGCCUAGCUAUUCAAUUGUCCUUAAUGGUAGCCUAGUUGGAUACUUUAAAGCUGCUGCUAAGGGGGUGUUUAAGUAUCACCCUAAGUGCAAAAAAAUGGGGCUCCCUCACCUUUACUUUGCGGACGACUUGCUCGUUUUUUGUAAAGGCUCCAUGGACUCUGUAGUUGGGGUGCAAGCUGUUUUGGACAUUUUUUAUUCGAUGUCGGGUCUUAAGUUGAAUGCUAGCAAAUGUGAAAUUUAUCCUGCUGGAAUUUCUGCUCAGCAAUGUGCUGCUAUUAAGGACAUUACCGGUUUUACAUUGGGUAGUCUCCCGGUGAGAUACUUGGGUGUUCCGUUGGUAUCUAGGAAGUUAUCUGUGAAGGAUUGCCAUAGCCUCAUUGAUAAAAUCAAAGCUAAAUUGAAUAUAUGGGCCAAUAAGCACCUCAGUUUCGCUGGUAGACUACAGCUGAUUCGGGCUGUUUUAUUUAGUAUGGCAAAUUUUUGGUGUAGGCAGCUUAUCUUGCCUAAGGAGAUUAUUAGAGCUAUUGAGCAGCUAUGUUCUAGAUUUUUUUGGAAGGGAUCUGAUAUGCCUGUGAAAAGUGCUCGUGAUAUUGGUGGUUGGAACAAGGCAUGCAUCGUGCACUUAAUCAAGAAACUUUUAGCCAACGAGGGCUAUCUUUGGGUGGCUUGGUUGCGGUUCUAUGUGAUAAAAAAUGAUGACUUUUGGCAGUUGAACAUCCCCAAUAAUGUUAGCUGGAGCUUCAAAUGCCUUUUGAAAUUUAGACCUGCUAUAUCUCAUAUUUUUACUGGCUCGGUUUCUGACCUUAGUGUGAGACAAAUCUGGGAAGGCAUGCGUGUCACAGCGCCCAAAGUCCCUUGGCAGCACUUGGUUUGGUUCUUGGGGCGUAUCCCCAAGCAGAGUGUUAUUACAUGGAUAGCUUUGUUAAAUCGUCUUCCUACGUGGGUAAGACUACAAAAAAUGGGACUUGUUAUUGAUGAUGUCAAUUGUGUUUUGUGUGGUCUUGAGGCAGAGUCUAGGGAGCACAUAUUUUUUGGCUGUAGUUUUGCAAAAGGCCUUUGGGGAUUUAUCCUUGCUUUGUGUGGUGUGUCUCGAAUGGUCAGCAGUUGGGAUGGAGAGCUGGCUUGGGCGAUUCACUGCCUCAAGUGUAAGUCUCUCAUUGUUAUGAUUCUCAAGCUCGCCUGGAAUGCUCACGUCUACUGCACCUGGAAAGAGAGAAACAUCAGAUUGUUCGGGGGCAGCCCGAGGCCGUUGGAGGCUGUUCUGCAAGACAUUAAGGAAGCCGUUCAGAUUCGUUUGUCCGGGAUGCCUGUUAAUAGAGCUGACUUGAGAAAUGCUGGCCUAUGCACUAGUUGGGGCAUUUCUUAA